CACCUCUAUGCCGCAGCAUGUGUGUUGUUCAUGUAACGCAAAGAUGUCAUUUAAUUGUUUACAACUGCGAGUUGGCGGGAGUUUUCGGCUUUUGGUGUGUAGUAGAUGCAGUGUUCGAAUGUGGUUUAAUUUAUUGUUUUCGGAUUUGGAAAGCCAUUGUAAUUAGCGUGAACGCGAACUAUGCAGUCGUUUUUAAAAACUGGGAAGUUGGGCCAGGCUGGAUCUACGAGCAAGGAUGCCAAACAGAGUUCUUCACAUAGUGCGAAGAAGGCGGAACAUACACCUUGGGUUGAGAAGUACAGGCCAAGAACAGUGGAUGAUGUUGUAGAGCAAGGGGAAGUAGUUGCUGUGCUUAGAAAAUGCAUCAGUGGCUCAGAUCUACCACAUUUGCUUUUUUAUGGACCUCCAGGUACUGGAAAGACAAGCACAAUUCUUGCAGCAGCCAAACAACUUUUUGGAGACAUUUACAGGGAAAGGAUUCUGGAGCUGAAUGCAUCUGACGAACGAGGUAUUCAAGUCAUUAGAGAUAAAGUGAAAACUUUUGCUCAGCUAACAGCAAGUGGCACUCGCCCUGAUGGUCGACCAUGUCCUGCAUUCAAAAUCAUCAUUUUAGAUGAGGCAGAUUCAAUGACAAGUGCAGCACAAGCAGCACUUCGCCGAACAAUGGAGAAAGAAACUAGAUCAACACGGUUUUGUCUUAUCUGCAAUUAUGUUAGCCGUAUUAUUGAGCCACUUACGUCAAGAUGCACAAAAUUUAGAUUUAAGCCACUAGAUCGGUCAAUGAUUCUGGAACGGUUACAAUAUAUUUGCACAGAAGAGAAAGUGACAUACAACAAUGAUGCUUUGGAAUGUCUCGUGGAUAUGUCAGGUGGUGACAUGCGCCGUGCAAUUACAUGCCUGCAAUCAUGUGUUAGAUUAAGUGGGAAGGAAAGAACAGUCCACAAGAGUGAUGUCCUAGAAGUCACAGGGGUGGUGCCAGAAAAACUUGUAAACGGACUGAUAGAAGUCUGCAGGAAGAAUGAUUUCAAACAGUGCAAAGUAUUUGUGGAUGACUAUCUUAAGGAUGCAUAUUCAGCAGCACAGCUUCUCGAACAGCUGAAUGAGGUGGUAAUAUCGCAUAUGGAGAUGACAGAUAAACAAAAGGCCUUAACUUGUGAUAAAAUUGCUCUAUGCACCUGGCGCUUGCAGGAUGGAGCCAGUGAAUAUCUGCAACUGCUGGAUCUUGGCUGUGCCCUCAUAAAUACUCUUCAAAUGUGAACUGUUUUUGCUUUUAUUAAUUUUAUUUACUAAAACUUGUUUAGGUACUUUAAUGUGAAAUUGUCUUAUACAAUAAAUGGCAUGUUUUUAUCUUUUACUAUAAAACGCCUUGAUUAUUUCAUAUUGCGCUAUGUGUUACUGCUGUGAAUACAAGCCAUAACUGUUUGUAUUUGUUGCUGAAUGCACAAAUGUACACGAGAGGGCUGUGAACUUGUGUUGCAAUACAUUAGUCAUAAUGCCAUUCAUUUUCUGAUUGUCAGGUAGCAUUAACUGGUGCUAUGGGCAGGAAGGAACACAUACAGCUACUUUAGAGAGUAAGUGGUCACAGCAGCGUUUAAUGAUUACAGUUCU